AUGGCUUCUAUCAAGAGGAAGAAGAAGAAGCCCGUCAGUAAUCCCGCUAGGGGAUUCGCUACGGUGAGCACACCUUCUAAAAGGGUUGAUGAAAUCCCUGCAAAAUUUGAAGACAAUCCUUCACUAUCUUCUGUUGAUGGUAAGCAUGCGUAUGCGGAGACAGAGAGCAAAAGUCAGGUGGCCUUGCACAAUGGAGAUUCAGACCUACAGCACAUGACGCCAGAAGAGCUAGAGCAGCAUCUGGAAGAAGCUGAGCUCCAGAACCUCCUCGAUGUUCACAGGCAGCGCUCCAGAAAAGACGUUAGCCGACAAAUAGCAAGGCUCGAAACAGAAAGACGCAGUUUACGUCAGACUGGAAUGCUCCUUGAAACCGAGAGCUGGCUGCACCACGUUGUAGAAGAAGUUCUUGAGUUGGCGAGGGCAUCGUCACGAGAUGUGAAACCUAUCCAGAAGCUAGAAGGACCCUACAACGAUACCGACCUAUGCCUCAAGUUAUGGGCUGCACAAGAGACAUUGCAAUCACUACAUUUCCAUAACCUGGAGGGCGUCUUACAGCAUUUGGUAGAGAUCGCACCUAUGAUUGCCAAACCUAGCUCGAACUCUCUUGUAUGGGGCUUGGACGAAGCACUGGAUUGGCUAGCAUUGCAUUCCGACACCGAAGACCUUCCCAGCUAUCAGCAGCGGAGUCCUAGGUAUAUUCCUACUGCUUCUCAAACCCGAAGUCCUGCUUCUGCCAAUAUAACCUGUGAAAAUAUUCAAAGUUCUGACCUUCCAGGCACCCGUUCAUGCAGCUACUCACCUUCCCUAAAUGACGCUGAUCUUGGUACCCCCUCGUCAACGCCUACAAUUCAUACGAAGGCUGAAGUCUCCGAUGACAGUCAGAUGACAGAGGUUUCUGACGACAGCGAUGACGACGAUCCUGAUCAACUGAUUGACCAGUAUAUUUCUGCAAAGCACGAGCUUCUGCAAAGGUCACAGAGCGGUAAGGGGCUCGGGCAGGAGCAACCAGCCAUUGACAAGCGGGCUAAGAAGCUAAACCGAAGAAUACAAAGGAUCGAACGUGACGUCCUUUUCGAUCGCGACGAGGCAAUGGCGCGAUGGAACGAGGUGAAGGGUGAUCUCGAAGCGGAAGCUGCAAGAUCAAAUUCCUUGGCCAUUCGUCAAAAACGGUUGAAUAAAAGAUCUAGCCUCGGGGACGAUGUUGGUACCAGCAGUGGGGUCGGGGGAGGCGUAUCUGCCGCAGACAACGAUGCCGAUGACGAAGAGCUAUUCGGCAGUAUGUUUUCCACAGAAGAAAACAACAGUCCCGACAGUGAAACGGUGGCCGCGGUGCCAAUCACCAUCAGAGACUUCGGCCCAUUGGGAGCUGGUGCAAAACCUAGGAAAGUUCUCGAAGACGUUUGUAAAGCAAGAGAUGCCAGCUCCACAAUCGCGGUACGCCAGAUCUCCGGUUCCUCGCAUUCAUAUCGGCACAGUGUUCGGGUUUCAUGGUCGAAGGACCAAGACGUGGCUGUCUCGCCCUUCUCCCUCCCAGCCCAGCUCUCGUACGACUUGCAGCCACGAUCUGUUUCUGCCUCCAUGGCCAAUGUUGCAGCCACAUCUCUGCAACAGUCCGAAGGCUUCCUCUGUACGGUAAUGCUGUUCGCAAUUUCGCAGUCGACAAAAGAUGAUAAAGUGUAUCUUCGCUUACCAAGCGUCUGGCGAGAUUUUUGGAAAGAGCUAUUGGAAGGAAGGCAGCAGGAGGCGGACAGAGCAGAUAGGCACGCACUGAAACGUAUUCAGGCACUGAUAAACAACGAGAAAUCGCGGCAUAAAGCUGAUGCCAAUGAGCCAGUCCAAGAGGAGACGCGCACCCAAGGCCCUUCAGGCAUUUCUAGGCCUCUCGAGAGCAAAAGAGUUGAAUACAGCCCAGACUUUUUGAAGGCUGUUUGGGAAGAAAAGGUCAGCACGGUGAGGUACCAGAAGAUGCUCCAAAUUCGUCAGCAAUUGCCAGUCUGGCAGCAUUGCCAGCAAAUCAUAGACACAAUAAGUGUCAAUCAAGUCACAAUCCUAUGUGCGGAAACAGGAGCCGGAAAGUCUACACAGGUCCCUUCUUUUAUUCUUGAAAGCCGUCUGAAAGCUGGCAACGAUUGUAAAGUACUUGUUACCCAGCCAAGAAGAAUUUCUGCAAUCUCACUUGCUCGACGAGUGUCGGAAGAACUGGGUGAACAUAAAUCUGAAAUAGGGACCCGACAAUCUCUCGUGGGCUUCGCGAUAAGAUUGGAGAGCAAAGUGUCCUCCACCACGCGUAUCACUUAUGUCACCACUGGUGUUCUUCUACGGAUGCUUGAAAGCUCGAAGAAUCUAGAAGAUGUUGACUUCCUCCUUCUGGACGAAGUCCAUGAGCGUACAAUGGACUUAGACCUCCUUUUCAUUGCUCUUCGCCGCUUAUGCCAGCGCCGUCAGAAUUUGAAAAUCGUGCUCAUGUCUGCUACUAUUGAUGCUACCCGGUUCUCAGAAUAUUUUGGCAACGCCCCUGUACUAAACAUUCCUGGAAGGACGUUUCCUGUUGACAUCAAAUAUCUAGAGGACGCAGUGGAGCUUACUCGCAAUCAGGAGGACAACGCGUCGAACCAUCAUGUUGUGGAAACUUACGAGGAGGAUGCGAUUGAGCGAAACGAAUCGGAACGUAUCAGAAGUCUUACAGUUGGCUUGGAAAGAUAUAGUGCACAAACGAGAAAAGUAUUGGCAGAGUACGAUGAGUAUAAGAUUGACUAUACCCUCAUAGCCAAUCUCGUCAUUGCCAUCUCGAGCGAUGUGGAGAUCAGCAGAAACAGUAUCUUGAUCUUUAUGCCCGGCCUUGCUGAAAUUAGGAGGCUUCAUCGGACAAUCACCUCGUUAUCAGCCUUCAGGAGUGGGUGGGUCAUCCAUCUGCUUCAUUCGUCCUUUUCAAAUGAUGAUCUCGAAAUGGCGUUUGAGCGGCCUCCAGUCAAGCAUAGAAAGAUUGUCAUUGCAACAAACAUCGCCGAGACUGGUAUCACAAUACCUGACGUCACGGCUGUGAUUGAUUCGUGCAGAGAGAAAGUCAUGCGCUUUGACGAACGUCGGCAGCUCUCGAAGCUUACAGAAGCAUUCAUCUCCCGCUCCUCAGCCCGUCAGAGGCGCGGACGCGCAGCUCGAGUACAAGAAGGACUCUGCUUCCACUUGGUCACGCGUUACCGCCACGACAAUCUCCUUUCCGAGCAUCACGUACCCGAAAUGUUAAGGUUGAGUUUACAGGACCCAAUUCUCCGUAUCAAGGUCUGGAAUCUGGGCGACAUCGAGCAGACAUUGAACGAAGCAUUCGACCCACCAACGAGUAGAAAUAUUACGAGGGCAAUCCAACUUUUGAAGGAUAUUAAGGCGCUCACGGACACAGAGUCGUUGACUUCAAUAGGCAGACAACUUGCCAAGCUCCCACUUGAUAUCUGGUUGGGCAAGCUCGUUUUGGAAGGACUGGUUUUUGCAUGCCUCGACGCCAUGGUAUUCAUAGCUGCUAUGCUUUCUUCAAAAUCGCCCUUCGUGGACAGUGAUCGCUCCAAUACUCAGGCAACAGCCGCCAGGCUAGCCUUCAGUAAGGGCAACUCGGAUCUAUUGUUGGUGUAUAAUGCCUACAGUGCCUGGCGACGAGCAUGCUUGACCGGGAACGCCCACGAAUUUUGCAGGAAAAACUUCCUGAACCAUUAUACCUUGUCGCAAAUCGAAGAUCAAAGGGUCCAACUGCUGGUUACUUUGAGCGAUACUGGUAUCCUUCUACUGGAUGAAACUGAGAAAGAGGCCUUGCGCAGAGCUCGUCUAGGUGGCGGAAGACGUGAGUUCUUUGCCAUACCACACAGGUACACCUCAAACAGCAGCAAUGAGUUUGCUGUCAACUCAGUGGUCGCCAUAGCCUUGUACCCGAAACUUCUUCUGCGUGAACGUCAGGGCUGGAGAAAUGUUGCGAACAAUCAACAGGUGAACAUUUCCCCAACAUCGAUCAAUUUCGGGCUUUCAUCCGCUUCCGCAACCUGGCUGUCCUUCUAUCAGACGAUGCAAACCAAAAGCAAGAACCCCACGGUCUUUGAGACGAGUUUCGUCCCUGAGGCUGCAAUAGUCAUCCUGCUAGGUGAGGCUGAAUUCAAAAUGUAUGCAGGGGUGAUUACGCUUGACAGUGGCAAAAUCCGCUUCAGUGUGCAGGACUGGAGGAUAAUGAUUGCUCUCAAGGUACUUCGGACCAAGAUUCACGAGUCGUUGUCACGCUCGUAUCGAAGUACUGGCUUGUCAUUAUCUACACUAGAUGCACAAUGGCUCAACGUCUGGCAGCAAAUCGUAACAUUCAAGAAUGCCCCAGAACGUUCUAUGCAGUAA